CUAUUUCUAUCCAUGUCUCAAGCGGGUGCUGCUGCUGCCAAAAAGAACGAGGGAAAUGCCUUUUAUGCUAAGCAAAUGUACAGAGAGGCCGCGAAAUGCUAUUCUGACGCCAUUGAUUUAGAUCCUUCUAACCACAUUCUUUACUCGAACCGUGCCAUGGCAUACUGUGGUCUGAAGGAGUGGGCCAAGGCUAAGGAGGAUGGUUUAAAGUGUGUCCAGAUGAAGCCUGACUUUGUCAAGGGUUACCACAGAGCGGCUACUGCCAUGAUCAACUUGAACGAGUUCAUUGAGGCCGAGGAACUCCUGCAACGCGGUCUGAAAGUAUUCCCGGACGACAAGAAUCUUUUGGUGUUGCUCCGUAUUGCCGAGCCCAAGGCUGAGGAGUUGCGCAAGGAGAAGAUCGGUGGAAUGCCCCCUCUCGAUCGUUACAAGGCGGAGGGUAAUGAGCACUUCAAGGCCUCUCGUUUCACUCAGGCCAUUCAAUCUUACACAAAGGCUAUCGAGAGCGUUGGUGAAAAUCCUCCCAUGAGCGAUGUGCUUCUGGCUUGUUACAACAACCGUGCUGCCUGCUACCAGCAGCUCGGUAACUACGAGGCUGUGGUGGAGGACUCGACGUGGGUUCUGGAGCACGAUCCCAAAAACAUUAAGGCGCUUCUGCGAAGAGGACUCGCUUUUGAGAACUUGGAGCGUUACCGAUCCGCUCUGGAGGAUAUUCGUAACGUGCUGAUGAUUGAUCCGACGAUCGCGAUGGCAAAUGCGGCUCAGCAUAGAAUCGGAGAUGCAGUGAGAAAGUUGAAGCAGGAAGGAAUGAAGUAAACUGCUGUUUCAUACU